GUCAAUUUCACGUUCCUUCAAUUCGUUGCUUGUGGUUUAUUUCUAGCGCUUUGGUUCAGUGGUGAUGCCCUCACAGCCUGCCUAACGCUUAGUUCACUUCAACUUACCACAGUGACGGAGGUGCGCUCGAGGAUUUCCAACCUUGGAUCUUUUUUACUCAACAAGCUCCGUUCCCCAAGCUACAAUCCGUUCUAAGGCACUUGAGACACCUCGGCGAUUCUGUCUAUCACAAUCACCCUCUGCUGAUGUCUGAAGAGUGCCCUGCUGUUCAGCAUGACGCUUCGGCUCAGCCUGCCGCAUCUCCCAGCUAAACAUCCAGACCACGCUCGCAUUGACAGCGCCGUUAAGAUAGACAUCUCCCCCAUGAAACUUUCUUCCACCGAAGACUCGAAAAACAAGGAUGAUAAUACCUUAACAUCCACACUCUCGCUCCCUACUCCAGCACAACCUGCGGCUCCGAUAUCUGGCUACCAGAAAUUUCUUCGACGUUACAGCAUAAACCGCGAACACCCAAGGACCUUACGCGAACUCAUCAACGCAGCAUGUCAGGCAACAUGUUCGAUGAUCAUGCAGCGAUCCAUGCUUUCCGAUGGGAUAAAUUUGAUUGUUACGGAUCCACACGUCGUCGACUUGUUGCUCACGUGCAUAAUUUCCUCCAAUCAGUAUAGCAAGAACACUCUCAAUCUACUGCCAGGGUGUCCGUUUCCAGAGGCCCAGGUCAAGCAGAUUGUGGAUUCGCUGCCCUCAAUGGCUGCGAUAGCGUCGAAGCGGAAAGGGAAUUCAACAAACACCUUCACACACAGUGUCACCGAAAACACAUUGUUGAGUGAACUGGAGGAACGACAAAAGCAACUGCUAACAUGGCUGCUAACAUCCCAAAUGGCCAAUCUGUGCUCCAUAACCGCCUCCUCUCCACUCACCCUCCGUAUCCCUACCCUCGAAAAUAUGGGCGUGAAAACCUUCAUCGUCACCCGCCAACCCGGUAACAAAGAAGCGCUCUUCGCAUAUCACUUACACCGCUCCAAACGCCCUUCGAAAGCUGUCUUCCAUGGCACGCAUCCUAGCCGCCUCCCUAACAUCCUAGCGAAAGGAUUAAAGAAUAUGAGCGGUACGCGGUACCAGAGUAAUGGCCGCGCAAUGGGAAGAGGUAUCUACCUCGCACCCAAUGCGAACACUUCCCUAUGCUACGCACACGAGACACCGAAGUGGAUGAACCGCGAUCCCUCGUUUAUACCCUCCCCAGUUCAAUCCCCAUCCACCUACAACCCCUCAGGACUGCCGCUUGGCUCAAUGUUCUCCGGGGUGGGCGGGAGCGGGUACAACCCCGCAUAUGGGAAUCCUACAACAGAGGAAAUCUGUCGGAAUAUUAGGGUAUUGUUGGGGUGUGAGCUGGUGGGUUGUGAGAGGGAUAUGGGGAAGAGAGGUGCGUACGUGAUCAAGGACGAGGGGAAGGUGGUGGUGAGGAUGGUGUUCGUGUUUGCGAGCAAUGCGAGUGUGGAUUGGUUAAAUGGGAUCACGGGGGAGAUGGAGAGGGUGUUUGCGGGAAUUAGGGGGAUAAGGUGAGGAGGCGGCAUCGCAUUUGCACCAUGCCUGCGAAUAUAGUUUUGUCUCCUACCAAUGAGUUAAACCGUCGAUAACAAAAUCGUAGGUCUUUCCUCAAUCAUAAUUCAACUAGGCUCUUAUGUGUUUCCUAUGAUUUGUCUACUCACAACAUUGAAU